AUGUCGCUACGAGAGGGCAAUUCAAACCACUCUACGUGGAUGGACAAAUCAUCUCAGUAUAUGCUACGUGAAUGGAUCAUCUCCCCUCCAUAUUUGGAAAUGAAAAUGUUUUUAAUUCCUACCGUCAUCUGUUUUGUCACAGCAAUAUUUGUGACGCCUUGUAUAUUGUUUACCAUCUUUUCUAACAUCACUAUGCGCCGAGAGACAAGAUUUCUACUUUUAGGGAACACGCUGGUGUGUGACCUAAUAUACCUUGUUUUCUACACAACCACGUCCAUUUGCAAUGUGAUGAAUGUGAAAAUGCCCAAACACUUCUGUGUGAUCAUUUUGUUUCUGCUUUCUGUUACCUUCUCCGCCGGAGUCCUCACUGCGGUGGCAACUGUUGUGGACACGUAUUUAGCAAUCCUGUGGCCCCUGCAUUAUGCGUCACUAUUAACAGCUAAAAGAACUAAGAAGAUCUUAAUCCUGCUCUGGUUGUCAUCUUUUUUCUUUCCUGCAGUAGUAUUUGUAUCCCUGUACUUUACGCAGGUUCCAGGCCCAUGCCCACUUGAGCUUUGUUCACUACCGGUAAUUCUAGUGAUGACUUUGAAUGGCGAUGACAGCCUCAAGUUGUGUUACAUCCUUUUUCUUAUUAUCUUUCUGUUAUGUUUCUUGUUGCUGUUAUGUUGCUAUACAAUUCUAUGUUAUAAAACUAAGGAAACUGGAAUAUGGAAAGGUGUAACCUCGAGGGCUAGUAUCACUUUUUCAAUGCAUCACUUAUUAUUGUUUUUUUACUUUAGCCCACUGUUAAUUCUCCUUGCUGAGUCCCUGUUAUACAUUGCUGGUAUUAUAGGACUCAGAACCGGACUAAUGGUAACGCUGACAAUCUGUAAUGUCUUAGUCAUUUUGCCAAAAGCUGCGUCUCCUUGUCUUUAUGGACUCCGCUACAGAGAAAUAUAUAACGCACUAAGGCUCUUCUUCAAACUGAAAAAACGUCAGUUAGUUUCCCCUGUCAUGACAACUUAA